CUUUUUUUUUUUCUUUUUUUUUAAUAUAAACACGAACUUCACAGAGAACUGUUUUUAAUCUGCUGUGGAAAUGGAGCCGUGUAAAUACCUGCUGUGUCUGCAGUUCGUCCUCCUCGUUAAAGAGUUGUGUCAGUGUUUCAACAUCGAUGACACUCAUCCUCGCAUCUUCACUGGUCCUGAGGACGCUCUGUUUGGCUUCUCUGUUCUGCAGCAUGAGUCGAAUGGAGAGAAAUCGAUGCUGGUGGGCGCUCCGUGGGACGGGCCGCCAAACAACAGGAAAGGAGACGUGUAUAAGUGCAUUGUGGGAGAAGAGAAGAAUUCGAGUUGCAGCAAAGUUUAUCUAGGUGAAACUGCUCUCCAGAACGUCUCUAAAAACCUGAGGAAUUCUCACCUGGGAAUGACCCUGACCCCAGACUCACCUGACGGCUUUCUGGCAUGCGCCCCCCUGUGGUCCCAGGAGUGCGGGACGUCGAUGUUCAGCAAAGGCAUCUGCGCCUCCGUCAGUGACGAUAUGGAACCCAGAGAGACCAUCGCCCCGACGGCACAAAGGUGCUCCACCUACAUGGACAUCGUCAUCGUGUUGGACGGCUCCAACAGCAUCUACCCCUGGUACGAGGUGCAGAACUUCCUGAGUAACAUCCUCAGCAAGUUCCACAUCAGCUCGGACCAGAUGCAGGUUGGUGUACUACAGUACGGUGAAGUAGCCGUCCAUGAGUGGUCUCUGAUGGACUACCAGACCACACAGGAGGUGGUGGACGCUGCCAAGAACAUCAGCCGACAGGAGGGACGGGAAACACGCACUGCAUAUGCCAUCCACAUGGCCUGCACUGAGGCGUUCAGUGCCGACCGCGGUGCCAGAGAUGGAGCCACCAAGGUGAUGAUUGUGGUGACGGACGGGGAGUCACAUGACGGGGAGGAGCUCCCAGGCGCUCUGGAGGAGUGUGAGAAGAGGAACAUCACGAGAUACGCCAUCGCUGUUUUGGGUCAUUACAUCCGCCGGCAGCAGGACCCCGAGACGUUCAUCAAUGAGAUCAAGUACAUCGCCAGCGACCCUGAUGACAAAUUCUUCUUCAACGUGACGGAUGAAGCUGCACUCAAUGACAUCGUCGAUGCCCUGGGAGAUCGAAUCUUCACACUGGAGGGGACGCUGGGCUCCAACCAGAGCUCGUUCCACAUGGAGAUGUCUCAGAUCGGCUUCUCCACACACAGGCUGGACGACGGCAUUUUAUUUGGCAUGGUGGGUGCCUACGAUUGGGACGGUGGCGUGUUGAAGGAAGGAGUGAACGGUCGCAUCGUGCCUUCCAGGGAAGCUUUUGAGAGCGAGUUCCCGCUGGAGCUCAAAAAUCAUGCCGCUUAUUUAGGUUACACAGUGUCCUCUGUGAUCGUUGGGGACUGGAGGAGGCUGUACGUCGCCGGAGCUCCUCGCUUCAAGCACAAAGGCAAAGUCAUCCUGUUCGAACUGAGUGACGACAGCAGUGUCAACAUAGUACAGGCCCUUAAUGGAGAACAGAUUGGCUCAUACUAUGGCAGCGAGGUGUGUGGGCUGGAUAUCGACCAGGAUGGCAUCACUGAUGUCCUUCUGGUGGCCGCGCCGAUGUACCUCGGCUCAGGAAACAAGGAGGCUGGAAGAGUUUACAUCUACACGCUGAAUGGGGAGGAGGUGUUUGUUGCCAAUGGCACUCUGAAGUCGGAUGAAAAGUCCCAGGAUGCCAGGUUUGGUUAUGCCCUGGCAGCUGCUCCUGACCUCAACCAUGACGGCUUCACCGACCUGCUCGUCGGAGCCCCACUGGAGGAUGAGCACAGCGGGGCCGUCUACCUGUACCAUGGAGACGGUAUUUACAUCAACCACAAUUAUAAACAGCGUAUUGCAGCGUCAUCAAUUUCACCCUCACUGCAGUAUUUUGGCCGCAGUUUGAGUGUUCGCCUGGACCUGGAUGGAGAUGAGCUAAUCGACUUGGCAGUGGGAGCUCAGGGCAGUGCUGUCCUGCUCAGCUCCCGGAGCAUAGUCCAGGUCAAUGUGAGUCUGUCCUUCCAGCCACACUCCAUCAACGUCAUCCAGAAGACCUGCCAGAGGGGCAGCAGAGAGUCGGCCUGUCUGAAUGCCACGGCCUGUUUCACAGCCGUGUCCCGCUCCCCUGGGACGCGCGGCAACAGUUUCGAUCUGUGGGUGACGGCCAUGUUGGACGACAGGAAGUUGUCCGCACGAGCCCUGUUUGAUGACAGCUCCCACAGACAGACGCAGCGAGCGGUCCACGUUCACACAGGACAGACUCUGUGCUACAAUCUGCCCUUCCAUGUUUAUGACACAGCCGAUUACAUCCGUCCAAUCAGCUUCACACUGAGGUUUAAGAUCAACAACACAGAGAGUGGCCCAGUGUUGGAUGAAGGCUGGCCGACCUCAGUCAAGAAAUCAAUUCCAUUCUUCAAAGACUGCGGCGAGGACGAUGUCUGUACCACGGACUUGUUGCUGCAGGCCCAUAUGGACAUCUCUGGGACAAAACACAAGCCGUACGUGAUCCGCAGUCCGCGGAGGCGACUGGCGGUGGAAGUGCAGCUCCAGAACAGACUAGAGAACGCCUACAACACCAGCCUGACCAUGCACUACUCACGCAACCUGCACUUCUCCAGCCUUAGCAUCAGGGAGGAUCCUAACUUCAAGAUCGAGUGCACGGCCAUCGGUGCCAACAGCCACUCCUGUAACGUUAGCUACCCAGUGUUUCGCUCACAAUCGAAGGUUAACUUCAUGUUGGAGUUUGAAUUCAGCUGCACCACUCUGCACAGUCGAGUUCAGAUCAAACUGAACGCUUCAAGCGACAGCGUGGAAAGAGAUGACACUUUAGGAGACAACAGUGUUCAGCUGCAGAGCUUCGUUCAGUACGAACCAGAUCUGUUUGUUAACAGUGACUCCAACCUAAACCGGUAUGAAGUCCAUCCCACACGCACGGUGUCCGAGGCGACAGGACCAGAGUUCUACACACACCUCAGAGUGCAAAAUCUGGGCUGUUAUUCAGUGAGUAAUUUGGAGCUGAGGCUACAUCUGCCCUCUGUGGCCGCAGGAGACCGGGUUUUCACGGCCGUCACGGACGUCUUCUCCUACAACGCCACAGGAGUGAACUGCAGCGUGCUGAGUGAUCUGGCCCAACUCAAGUCCAGACAGAGAGAUGUGCGCCCCCUUCACCCUGAAGACAUGAUACAGAAUGACAUACUGAACUGCAGCAGGUCGUGGUGCACAGAGAUUACCUGUGAGGUGCAGCAGCUCCUCAGAGGUCAAGCCGCAGUCAUCCGCGUCAGCCGCAGAGUCCACGAAGACUUCUUCAGGAAAGCCAAAUAUAAGUCUGUGAAGAUCGUAGGAGCCUACCGCCUCACGGCCCAGGAGACCAACCUCAUCACUCUGGACACAGGAACGCUCUGGAGGGAGACUGUUCUGGAAGUUCUCAAAGGCCGAGCCAUUCCCAUCUCACUGUGGAUUCUGAUCGGCAGCAUCAUUGGUGGUUUGCUGCUGUUGGCCCUGAUCAUUUUUGUUCUUUGGAAGUUGGGAUUCUUUACACGUAAACACAGAGGAGAGGAGGAGAACCACGAGGACUGAGUCCUACUGUUGCUGCCAUGGCAGUUUCCACAUGAGCAGAGUCUGCAGAGAGUGAUGAGACUGGACUCAGGUACUGGUCUAAAACGGACCCAGAGGACCAAAGACAGCAUCGCUGGGCUCAAACAGAAAUGCACUUCCCACCGUUUCCAGGGUCGGCGGCACUUGUGUAAAUAGUUGUUUUUGUUUCCUUUUUUUUUUAGUAUUUUUAAAGAAACACGUAUGUGUACGAAAUCACAAUUACUUUUAUUUAAUAUGGAGAACUCAUCAUGGUUUUACAUCCCAGGCAUCACUUUAACGUAUGUUGUUGUUGAAAUGGAUUUGAUUUUGUUGAAAUAAUAAAAGUGUGAAAAAAACAAGUGUUUGUUUAUUUUUCGUCAUGUCAAAAUAAAAUAAAGGAAAUACAUUUUGAUGAGUUUAUUAAAUUUUGACACAACGUUAACCCAAUACUCUUUAGCCCAGUAGGUGGCAGUAAUGCAGCUAAAGUCUGUUUGCCAGCCAGAAGAAGAUGCACUGGAUAAAUUGAGUUACGUCAGCGAACAAGAGAAUUGGUGAACAACGAUGGAAGAUUAGAGUGAUAACAAUGUAAAACAUAUGACGUUAUGACCAGAGCUAAUGUUAGCUACAACAGUCCGAUUACAGACGCCAGAGCUAACGUUAGCUACAACCGUCUUGCUAAAGACAGGCGGUGUAAUCAGCCCACAACUAGACUGCAUUACAAGGGUCAAAAAUGUCACAGACAAA